AACACCAUUAUUCCCAUGGGGGGUUGCAUGUCCAUUGCCAACAAAAAAUUAAUCAAGAAGACCAAGAACAAUGUCAAACCCAUACACUCACACGAUCAUGAUCAUAAAACGACUAAACUACAUGCCUCCUGCACAAACCUCCGGCGACCUCACGUACUCAGGGAAUCCUCCGGUAACAAUAUAUUCCGGUGGUAUCGUUUUGGGGGAGAGCUUGGAAGAGGUGAGUUUGGGGUGACGUAUGAAUGUCAAGAUAAGGUGAGCGGGGAGAAGGUUGCAUGCAAGAAGAUAUCAAAGAGCAGGUUGAGGACAGAGGUUGACAUUGAAGACGUAAGGAGGGAGGUUGAGAUUAUGAGACACUUGCCACCACACCCUAAUAUUGUGAGGUAUAGAGAUGUGUUCGAGGACAAAGAGGCUAUUUAUUUGGUUAUGGAACUUUGCGAGGGAGGUGAAUUGUUUGAUAGGAUCGUUAGUAAAGGUCAUUAUACCGAAAGAGCUGCUGCUCUUGUUACCAAAACCAUCGUUGAAGUUGUUCAGGUAUGCCACAAGCAUGGGGUAAUACAUAGAGAUUUGAAACCGGAGAACUUCUUAUACGCUAACCGAGGCGAAAACGCUCCCCUAAAAGCAAUUGAUUUUGGUCUUUCCAUCUUCUUCAAACCUGAGCAUCGGUUUAAGGAAAUUGUGGGAAGUCCAUAUUACAUGGCUCCAGAGGUUCUUAGACGGAAUUAUGGAGCAGAAGUUGAUAUUUGGAGUGCUGGGGUCAUUCUAUAUAUAUUAUUAUGUGGAGUUCCUCCUUUUUGGGCAGAAACCGAAGAAGGAAUUGCGCACGCGAUCAUAAAAGGCGAUAUAAAUUUCCGUAGAGAUCAUUGGCCACUUGUCUCCGAGGAUGCCAAAAAUCUCGUCAAGGGCAUGUUGGAACCUAGCCCACACAAACGUCUUAAAGUUGAACAAGUCCUUGGAAGCAACUGGAUACAAAAUGCGGAUAAGGCACCUAAUAUUCCUUUGGGAGAAAACGUUCGAUCAAGAAUUCAACAGUUCUCUUUGAUGAACAAGUUCAAAAAGAAAGUCAUCCGUCUCGUAGCAGAAAAUUUGCCAAACGAACAAAUGGAUGGAUUGAAAAAGAUGUUCAAUGACAUGGACAAAGACAAAAACGGUGCACUCACUUUCGAAGAGCUCAAGGAUGGCCUAAGUUCAAUCGGUGAUCACCCCGUUGAUGAUCCUGAUAUUCAAAUGUUCAUGGAAGCUGCCGAUCUUGAUCAAAAAGGGGUGCUAAACUGCGAGGAGUUUCUAACGAUUGUGGUGCAUCUAAAAAAGAUUAGCAACGAAGAACAACUCCGACAAGCAUUCCGGCAUUUUGACAAGAACCGAAAUGGAUACAUCGAGUUUGAUGAGUUGAAAGAAUGUUUGUUCGAUGGACACAUGAAUCCACACAACGAAAAAAUGGUUCACGAAAUUAUAAUCGAUGCUGACCUAGAUAAGGAUGGUCGGAUUAGUUACCCGGAAUUUGCGGCCAUGAUGACGACAGGAAUGGAUUGGAAGAUGUCUUCUCGGCAGUAUUCGAGAGCGAAGCUUCAUGCAAUAAGCAUGAAGAUGUUCAAAGAUAAUUCGAUAAAAUCAGGAGACUGAAUGGGAUACGUUUUUGGGUGGUAGAUAUCUGUAAUUUGAUGGAAAACGGCUUAAAACAAGCAAAACCUUUGACGAAUCCAAAAACAACGAUGCUAUAUCGAUCGACUUGCACCUUCGUGCAAUUAGAGUUGUACCUCAAUGUGUAAAACCUUACCUCA